ACGGGACCCUCCGUCUCCAAGAUGGACAACUUCUGAAUCCCGUGAAGAGUUCAUCUGCGGGUCCUUAACGCUACGGACUUGGCUGCUCCAUCAAUCAUAAAAGAAAAAAUACGCCCUCCCCCCUUUUCCCAAAUUCCAUUCCAAUGUGAGGUCUGAGAAGUAUCCCGGAGGCCGCUUGUUUCUCAGCCUCAGCUUUGCCAAGGGAGCCGGGAAGCCGCUGGCCACUCCGUUUUCCAGUUCGGACCCGCUGGAAGGACUGGUGGGGAAAACCUGUUUGCCCGUCCCCCCCUUAGGGGGUCGACUUGGUCCGCACCUGUUCCCGGUUUAGGGGAACCCCCCGGAAAAUGAUGAAGACCGAAGGCAAGGGGGAGAGGACUUUGCGCAGCGCUUCUCCGCACAGAAACACCUACAAAUCGGACUUCCAUGCCAUCAAGUGCUCUUUCGACGGGAUUGACCCGGAGCAUGCGGCCGGGCAGGCCGGGAAGCCGCACCGCGGUGCCACGGGGAGUGAAGAGGAUGGCCAGAGCCGAGGGCGGGCCUGCUACGGCAACCGGGUGCACAAGAUUAAGAGUUUGUUCCUGCAGAUGGGCAGCACCGUGCCGGCCGUCGAAAGCAGCCCACCUGCCGAGACCAAAGUGAGUGGCAGCAGGCCGGUGGCGUUGCCAGAUUGCCCUCCUGCCUCUCCCACCAGCCUGAACGUCCAGAAGCACAACCUCCUCAACACCCCCUGCAGCGGCGCCCCCGACGAGGAGGGAGACCUGGACAAGGCGGCCUUGGCGGAGAAGUUUUCCGAGACCAGGAAGCUGUUCGAGAGGAACAUCAAGCAGCAAAACAACGUGGACCGCUUCUCCCCGAGCAGGGGGGAAAGGGCGGCCGAGAGAAGGCGACCCAGCUCGGGCUCCCCGGACGGCAGUGGCCUGGUAGAACAGUUUCACUUCCACGUGGAGACGAGCCCCGGGGGCGACUCCGACCUGUUGGAGAAGAUCCAGGGAGGUGGAGAAGAGGAGGAAGGAGACCCCCAGUUCGACGAGGCCCCAGAACAGCCACCCUUGUCGCCGAAGUCCCCGGUGGGGGAUGCGGCCGAACCGGGACUGGGCACCGAACCCGACCUGAAGGCGACCCCUCCGGGAGGGGAACCGGCCCACCAGGUACCCCCGGGGGACGGAGACACCGAGGACGAAGAGGAGGAGGAGGAAGAAAGAGGGGGAGAACGGACAGAGAAGAGGAACUCGUCCGGCCUCUCUUCGGGCCCCGCCGCCUUUGGAAUAGAAAACGCAGGGUUUGAUGAUGACCGGGAUCAGGAACCCGAAAUUCAAGGCCCACGGGGGAAAGAGAGCUUAGAGGAAGCGGAGGAGGCAUGUACUUAUGGGAGCGACUAUGAGGAGUUCCCAGGACUUUCUGAAGAGGAUGAGCCUGUGCCCGACAGAAAGGUCAAGUUCUCUACCGCUCCCAUCAAGGUUUUCAGUACCUAUUCAAAUGAAGAUUAUGACAGACGUAAUGAAGAGGUUGAUCCUGUGGCAGCAUCAGCUGAAUAUGAAUUGGAGAAAAGGGUGGAAAAAAUGGAAGUAUUCCCUGUAGAACUUGAAAAGGGAGAUAGUGGCCUAGGAAUUAGUAUCAUUGGAAUGGGUGUUGGGGCAGACCAGGGCUUGGAGAAGCUGGGAAUUUUUGUGAAAACGAUAACUGAAGGAGGUGCUGCACAAAGAGAUGGACGGAUCCAAGUAAAUGACCAAAUCGUUGAGGUUGAUGGUACAAGUUUAGUAGGAGUAACUCAGUUGUUUGCUGCCACUAUACUCAAAAAUACAAAAGGGACUGUCAGAUUUCUAAUAGGACGUGAGAAACCAGGAACACUAAGUGAAGUAGCCCGUCUCAUCAGUGAGACGUUGGAACAAGAGAGAUGCUUGUACGAACAGCAUUAUGCCCAGGAGGAUACUGAACAGGAUGAUGACUAUGAUGAUGAAGACAGCCUCGAAUCUCAUUUGCAUGCAAAAUCAGUAGAGGUGUUUUAUUUACCUGAAAACGAAGAAAUGAAUUUACCUUUGGAUAUGGAUUCCACACAGUUUCUUCUGAAGUUUAAAGAGUUACAGCUAAAACACGCAGUGACAACAGCUGAAGUAAAUCAACUGAAAGAAAGAUUAAAGGCUGCAGAAGCAGAGAAGACUGAAUGGGAGACAAGCAAGAAACAGCUCGAACAAACCUCCGACGACUACAAGGAAAAAAUUAAGAAACUUGAAACCUAUUGGUCAGAGGCUCAGAGUUUAUGCAAAACAGUAAAUGAGCAUCUUAAAGAAACCCAAGAGCAGUAUGACACCCUGGAGAAGAAAUACAAUAAAGCCAAAAAAUUACUUAAAGAUUAUCAACUGAAAGAAAUUGAAUUUUUGAAAAAAGAAGAGGAUCAUAGGAAGAAUCUUGAAGAGCGAGAUCAGAAACAUGUGGAACAUAUGAAAACAUUGCAAGAAACGAUUUCAGAGCUUGAGAACAAAUUAAAAGUGUAUGAGAAAAUGCCAUUAAUAUCAGGAAGCUGUACAUUGCUGGAGCCUGCUAUUCAAAGUCCAGGGCAACUGAAUGAGCACUCAGAGGCCCAAGAAGAAAAUCUAAAAGAAAUGGGAUCAGUGGAAAACUUAGACUCUAAAGACACUUUAAUUUCAGAUUUUGAUGCAUUUGUGGGAGACCCACCUAGACUAGACACCAGUGCUCACAAAGCAAAAGCUCAGCUUGCACUCAAAGUAAAACGUCAACCACCUUCUCGAACAAAACUUAAGGAAUCCCUUGGAACAGGACAGCUGAGUGUAAAUCUUCAGGAUGAAGAUUUAGAUGAUACUACCCAGAAUAAUGAGUUUUGCAUCACACAAUCCAAGGUCUUAGAAGGAACAGAGAAGAGGUUAAUUUUGCCGCAACAGCCCGAUGUAGAUGAUCAAAAAAUUGAAAAGCCUGAGCAGGCAGAAAGUACAGAUAGUCUGUUGGAGUGCAGCCCGUCUGUUUCUACCCACUCUUCUCCAGUACACAAGAUAAACCAAGAGAGCAUUAAGAACCCUACUCCUGGUGAAAGUGCAACUCACACCUCUUCUCCAGGAAGUUCUGGAAAUUCGAAGCUUAGAGAAUCAAAAGGGAAAGGAAAAGAGACCAAAGAUGAAAAGAAAAAUGAAGAUAAAACUGAAACAAAUGAAGGCACAUCAUCAGGAAAGUCCAAAAGAAGAUUUCCAGAUUUUGGAGGCUUACGGAAAUCUGGAGGCAGAGGGAAGAAACAAGAAAAGGAAAAUCAAAGAGCAUCUCUAGAGAGCCGAGGUUCACGGGAAAUGUUGGAUGAUUCUGGCAAUAAUCUUUCUGCAUCAGAUUCCGAUUCUCCAGUUCCUACUUGCAUGCCUUUCUCUUGGUUUGGAGACAGUCACAAAGAACCACCGAAUUCAAGCAGUAAUCUACAUUUCACUCAGAGUGGACAAGAUACUGCUUCUGAACAGGGUCAAGAAAAAAUCAGAAACAAGAGUAGAGUUAUCAUAGAUGACUCAUACCAUAUCAGGCCAAGUUGUGAACUGUCAGGGUUAGUGACAGAACCAAAUCUGUCAGGGCGUUCACACACUUUAACCUUCUCUUCAAAUGAGGCACUAGAUGACGACUUCACAACCUCAGGGAAACAGAAUCAGUGGCACAGCAGACCCAUUUCUGAGUGGACAACACAACAAGUAUGUCAUUGGUUGAUGGGAAUGAAUAUGGAGCAGUACAUUACGGAAUUCACCGCAAAAAAUAUUGAUGGGCAACAGCUGAUGCUACUGGACAGUGACAAGUUGAAAACCCUGGGAGUUGCCAGCCAAAACGAUCGAUCUUCAAUAAAGAAGAAAAUAAAGGAUAUGAAAAAAACGCAAGAGAAACUGGAAAAACAAAAAGAAAAAGUUCAGAAGAGAGAAAGAGAAGUUCGGAGAGGUGGCAAGAUGAUAGCCACAGUAGAAUCUAACUGCUAAAAUACUGAUUUUAUUCUAGGUUAGACUUACUUCAACUCGAAGAAGUGCAACAAAUUGUAAAUAAUUGUACAAUUUGAAAAUGUGCAACCAUUUAACAUGGUAGUUUUUUUUUUAAUUUACUUUUUAAUUUCAAAACUUCCUCAAAGAUUAUUUUGGUUUAGAUAUUGAAUGUACCUGUACUGAUAGAUAAUUUAACUUCAUUUUUAAGUGUUGUGUUUGCUUUAGAUUUAAAAUUUAAAAAUAUCGUUCUCCCUGAAAUCUCCACUGAAAUCUCCACUGUAAAACUGCUGGUCUAAUACUAUGAUUUUUUUUUUUUAACUUCCACUCAACUGGCAUUUUGGUAUUUUGCCUGUAGUAGGAAGUUGAAACCAAUACAGGGAUAUUAAGAAUAUUCUGCUAAUAAGAAAGAGUUGUGGCAACCUGUUGAUACCCAUUUUCACUAAUUUCAAUGCUGUGCGGUGAAAUUCAAAGAAAACAUUAAUGCCAAGUUUAUUAAAAAGGAAGAGCAUGUCACUUGCAAACUUAAUUGAAUUCAGCAUGUUGCUCUGUUCAGAACGUUGUUCUAGCAGUGGUCCAUCUUGAAUUCAAAACCUCAUUUAGAAAUAUGUUGAUUUUUUGAAUUCCAUUUGUUGCAUCUUAUUCCAAAAUAUUACUUGAAGUAGUUUGCACAUAAACUACUUAUGCUAAGCAUAAAAACACUAAAUUCUCUGUAAGCUGCACUCUAUGGUGUUGGAACAGGGUUUAAGACCUAUAAAUAAAUGAUCAACUUUAUACGUAUUUUUCUUAUAGUACAUAGUUUUAUAGUUUUAUGAGUAAGACCAGUUUUGCAAUGUGUGUUUUCUUCUCUUUUCUACUCACUACAAUACAAGACUUUGGGGACCAAAUCUAUAUUUUUGCUAAUUUUAAAUGCUGUUUUUCAGGCUUCCAAAGUACCAAGAUGAGAAUUGCAAGAAAAAUUGAUCAAUGAAAUCCUGGACUUGUGUAUCGUAUUAAAUUGUUAAAUUGUAGAUGUAGCUAUAGAUAUAGACUUUCUUUUAAAGGAGGAUUUGAUUCUGAGCAAAGUUUAGGUCAGGUUGCAAGAACACUUUGUGGAGUUUCGGUAAUAUCAUGCAUAUUAUUAACUAGCUAGAUCAGGUUGUAAAACGUGUGUUUUGGUAAUAACAUCAUUCAUUUUUCUCACUAGCUAGAAAUGGUAAUGCAAUGGUUAAUCCUUCCCUUAAUUUAUGUGCUUAUUUUCAGGGCAGUGAUGUUAGAAGGAAAAGUGUUAAGUACCAAAUGAAAGGGGAAGUGGUAGGAUCUUGAAACUUUGAAGAGUUAGAAUAUUCCAAUUAUGUGGACCAAUUUCUCCUUUAAAUAUUUGAAUUAACUAAAUGUUUUGUUGAAUUUGUAUUAAAUGGAUAAUAAUUUCACAUCUAACAUUUCCUCAAGUGUCGUUUGUAAGAAAAUGCCCAGGUUCCUGCUUUUGAAGCCCAGCAAAAGACGGUUGUAUACAGUUUGAGCUGUACCACAGGAGGGAAGUUCUCCAAAGGCAUUCAUGUGUACCAAAUGAUCAUUUGUGCCGUACCCUCUGCCUCCCUAAAGGAUCUGAGUCAUGAAGUGUAGCAACUGCUAGGGUUUUAUGACCCCCCUUUCGUCUGGUAUAGCUCAGCAACACCAAAUCUCUUCUUCUCAUUUCCUUUUCAGCCAUCUGGAGCGAAAGGAUGUGCCGCUUGAUCUGUAUACCCAGUCCAAAGGACACCCCAGUGCUGUAUGGCUUCUUGUUUGUUUGUCAAAUCCAUGUCUGUUCACUUCGUUAGGGAAUAUUAAUGUUCCCUCAAUAUGUGUUCAUUAUGGUGUUUAUUAUGCUCCGAGAAAAUCAUUGCAAGCAACACCAUUUGAGACCUAAAGCCAAAACAAAGAUUAAAGAAAUUUUGAAGCUCCUAUGAGAUUUUUUAAAAUUGGUCAUUAAGGGAAGGUACAGAUCUCCAGAGUUCGGUUUAUCUUCUAGCCUUAUACCUGAAUUAAUAUUUAUUCAGUUCUGCCUCUGUAUUUAUGUACUGCAGCAUAACUAACUUUAUCCCCAAUACCUAGAGCAGACCUUUGGACAGGGUGGGCACCCAUCAAACACUGACCGACAGCCAUAUGAGCAUUAAUCUGGAGCAGGAUACGUUCUUUUGACGAGUCUCAAAGAAUUAAGAGGGGGCUGCUUGGGAGAGUGAUUGGAAAAUUAUUCUGGUUCCUCUUAACCUUUACAGUUCCUGGACUUCAUAUUUCCGGUUCUCCGGCAGCAAGGUCACAUACCCGGAUGGACCACAGGCCAUCACAUCCAACCUCUCCACCUGCUCAACUACGAAAACAGACCCUCGUUGCCCCAAUGCCGAGAAGAAAUCUGGAAGGGCCUCAAGUGAGGGACAAGGGUUGCUCACUGUCUGCACCCUGGCUCAGGGGAGAACUUGAUCGAUGAGGUUUCUGCUCAAGAAGUCCCCUCUCUCCCCAACCCUUCCUGAAGCCACAUCUCAGCUUGAAGCUUUGGGCUAGAGAGCAGAUGAGCACUACAGGAGCAGAUGCUGCACUCUCUUUUGACCUGCGCGCUCUACUGCCUAGAAAGCAAGAUCAGUUCCGACCAUUACGUCCAAGUUCCUGAUCUCAAGGCCACAGACACUCAGCUCAGGGAAAGUGGAUUGGAUUGGAUUGGGAAAAUAGAAGUUGGAUGAACAGUUGGGGGCAAGCAAUGCCUGUCUUUGGCCCGCAUCAUUUGGAAGAAAGAGAACAUUUCUGAGCUUGCUGUCUCACAUUCUUACCUCUAUUAGAUUCCAUUCAAACAGUCACGAGACACUGAUUUGUUGGCAUAUGCUGUCAAUUCCUCAGUACAAGCCAUAAGGAUUAAAGAACAAGCACUGUUUACCUCAUCAUUCACAUAAUCAGAAAGGAGAUGGACCAGUACUUGGGAGGUGCCCACUUUAAGAAGCUACCAAGGACUCCAUGCUGCUCUGAAAUUUGAUCUGACUGAUCUUCCUCUUGACAUCAUUUUUCCUGCAGACCCCCUUAACCUUGUGGUGGGCUUUAAGGACUCCCCUAGACAAUAGAGCCUUUAGACUGAUGUGGAGAAGCACACAAGUAAACCAACUCCAUCAUUACAGGACUACAUACCAAGGGCACAGCUCGGGAUGUUUCAACACGAGGUCGAGGUGCAGUUGAAUACAUAUAGUUGAAGAGCCUGUCAAUUUUCCUCAGAGGAACCCCACCUCCACGAUCACUCAUCUAUAAGAAGAAAAUAAAAAACACAGUGAGCACUCAAUAAAACACCACUGAUUGAUAAUGGCAAAA